AAACUUGCUCUUCGUUUUAGUUUUCUUUUUUUUUUUCUAGCAGCUAUCAGCUUCUGUUUUCGCCAUGUCUGAAACUGCUCCUGCCGAGACUGCGGCUCCAGCUCCUGUGGAGAAGUCUCCCGCCAAGAAGAAGACGACAAAAAAGGCUGGCGGGGCGAAGCGGAAGACCACUGGUCCUCCAGUGUCCGAGCUCAUAACUAAGGCGGUUUCUGCUUCUAAGGAGCGCGGUGGGUUGUCCCUGCCUGCUCUUAAGAAGGCUCUGGCUGCUGGUGGCUACGAUGUGGAGAAGAACAACAGCCGCAUCAAGCUUGGGCUCAAGAGUCUGGUGAGCAAGGGUACCCUGGUGCAGACCAAAGGUACUGGUGCCUCAGGUUCCUUCAAGCUUAACAAAAAGGUGGCUUCUGGCGAGGCCAAGCCCAAGGCUAAGACCGGGGCUGCAAAGGCCAAGAAGCCUGCAGGUGCCACCCCGAAAAAGCCUAAGAAGGCUGCGGGGGCAAAGAAGACCGUGAAGAAAACUCCAAAGAAAGCAAAGAAGCCUGCGGCAGCUGGAGUAAAAAAAGCUGCCAAGAGCCCUAAGAAGGCCAAGGCUGCUGCCAAGCCUAAAAAGGCUGCAAAGAGCCCGGCAAAGACCAAGGCGGUGAAGCCUAAGGCAUCUAAGCCUAAGGUUUCCAAGCCGAAGACAGCUAAGCCAAAGGCUGCCAAGGCAAAGAAGGCUGUUCCCAAAAAGAAGUAGGUUUGCUUGUGACAGCAACAAAGCCCCAAAGGCUCUUUUCAGA